GCAAAGCAAGCUGGUCUUGAGGUGACUUUCCUUUUUCUCGAAGAAAAGCGUUGGUUUUUAAGUGUGCAUUUUUUUUUGUUUGCCGACGACAUGGAUCACUGGAGUGCCUUGGAGGUGUAUAAGGAGAUGCUCUUGCUGUAUCUAGAGGAGGGACGGCGGCAGGUGAACUUACUCUGCAAGGACCUGGAGCCGUGGCAGAUCAUUGGCGUUACUUUCAUCACCACCCUGGGAGCAGUCUGGGCUAAAGGCUUCCUCUUCCAGCAAGAAAGCCUCACAUCCAGAAUCAAGAAGAAAUGCUUUCGACUCAUCAGAAAAAUACCCUUCAUCGGCGGGGCAAUUCAGACCCAGCUGAACAAGGCCUUAGACGACAUGUCUGCAAGCCUUUGCACGCUGAAAGACGGUAUGAGCUACACUAAACAGCUGCCCUCACAAGGUCUCUCCCAGAGCCAAGUGCUUAACAAGAUCAGAGAGUAUGAGACACUGAAUGAAGUACAGUGGGAGAAAGGAUGGGUUUCAGGUGCAGUGUACUGGGGUGAUGAAACACUCACCAAACUCUUGGUUAAGGUAUAUGGUGACUUUGCAUGGAGCAACCCACUUCACCCAGAUAUCUUUCCUGGCGUAAGGAAGAUGGAAGCAGAGGUGGUUAGAAUGGCUUGCACACUUUUCCAUGGUGGGCCCAACUCCUGUGGCACAGUCACUUCAGGGGGAACUGAGAGUAUACUGAUGGCCUGCAAAGCAUACAGAGACAUGGCAUAUGAACGUGGUGUUAAACACCCUGAAAUUCUUGCACCAGUGAGUGUCCAUGCAGCCUUUGACAAAGCAGCCCACUACUUUGGGAUGAAACUUGUUCACAUACCCCUGGACAAAAAAACUAUGAAGGUAGACGUGAAGGCUAUGAAGAGGGCUAUCAACAAGAACACUGCCAUGCUUGUGUGCUCAGCACCUCAGUUCCCUCAUGGAAUCAUGGACCCCACUGAGGAAGUGGCCAAGCUGGCUGUACACUACAGCCUCCCUUUGCAUGUGGAUGCCUGUCUAGGAGGCUUUCUCAUUGUGUUCAUGGCAAACGCUGGCUACCCAUUAGCCCCAUUUGACUUCAGAGUAAAGGGUGUUACCAGCAUCUCCGCAGAUACCCACAAGUAUGGGUACGCCCCCAAGGGUUCCUCAGUAAUCCUGUAUAGUGAUAAGAAGUAUCGUCACUACCAAUACUUUGUAGCCCCAGAUUGGCAAGGUGGAAUCUACGCCUCCCCCUCAGUGGCAGGCUCCAGACCGGGGGGCAUCAUCGCCGCCUGCUGGGCUACCAUGAUGCACAUGGGCCAGAAUGGCUAUGUAGAUGCCACCAAGAAGAUUAUCAGCACAGCGCGCAAAAUUAAAACAGAAAUCCAAAAGGUAAAUGGUGUGUUUGUGUUUGGAGAUCCAGAGGUGUCUGUGGUGGCAAUGGGCUCGGAUGUUUUUGAUAUCUUCCGUCUCUCUAAUGCACUGACAUCCAAGGGCUGGAAUCUAAACACGCUUCAGUAUCCAUCCAGCAUUCACAUUUGUUGCACGGUUCUGCACACCCAGCCAGGUGUCGCUGGUCAGUUUAUUCGUGAUGUCAAAGAGCAGGUGGCCAUUAUCAUGAAGAACCCCAAGGAGAAGACAACCGGAAUGGGAGCGAUUUACGGCAUGGCCCAGUCCAUCCCAGACAGAUCCAUGGUGACCGAGAUCUCCCGGGGCUUCCUGGACUGUCUCUACAGCACUGAAAUACCCAAGACUCAGACAAACCACAUGAAUGGCAAUGGCAAGGCCCACUAAAACAGGAGUUGGUCCAGCCUGGCCUGGACGUGCCCGAGUUGAGAAAAUGAAGCCCUUCUCUUUCCAGCCCGCUCAACUAAUCACUCAACGGUUGCCUUAUCUUUCCCACUUAACACCUCCAUGAACACGUCUGCAAAGAUUCUUUGAAGCACAAGCCAUCAUCAUAGAGAUCCCAGAAGGAAAUCCUUCUGUAACCGUACCUAGACCACGAAGAGAGACUUGAGACUUAAUCCUCAUGGGUUUUGAUUUAAUAGAGUUUUAUAAUGUAACGGCAGAACGAAACUGCUUUUAUCCCUCGAAAAAUAUUUGUCCAUUUCAUUUUUAAUCUCCGUUUGAACGCAAUCAUGAAUGAUUAAUUCUAUCAUGAAUGAUUAAUUCUAUCAUGAGCUCACCGAAUUACCGGUUUUUAAGCGUUGGUCACGUUGUUUUAUUUUCCUGUUUCGUUCAUUUUUAUGCCGGUGGGAACAUUUCAGCAUGCUGCAUCACUACUUGAAGAUUUGUGAUGAGUCAGUAGAAUCACAGACCACUGGACGUCAGGACCGCUCUGCUGCCCUCUAGCGUAAACCCACGUGUACUGUUAGACUGGUUGUAACUGUGUAUGUACAAAUAGAAGGUAUUUACAAGCCAUCUGUUUGUUUUAAGGAUAAAAUUAUUAUUAAAGACCAGUCAGCCAAAACAUUAAAACCACCUGCCUAAUAUUGUGUAGGUCCCUCUCGUGCCGCCAAAACAGCUCUGACCUGUCGAGGCAUGGACUCCACAAGACCUCUGAAAGUGUCCUCUGGUAUCUGGCACCAAGACCUUAGCAGCAGAUCCUUUAAGUCCUGUAAGUUGCAAGGUGGAGCCGCCUCGGACCGGACUUGUUUUUCCAGCACAUCCCACAGAUGCUGGAUCGGAUUGAGAUCUGGGGAAUUUGAAGGCCAAGGCAACAUCUUGAACAAUUCAUCAUAUUCCUCAAACCAUUCCUGAACAAUUUUUGCAGUGUGGCAGGGCGCGUUAUCCCGCUGAAAGAGGCCACUGCCAUCAGGGAAUAAUACCAUUGCCAUGAAGGGGUCAGCAUGGGCACUCAGCGGUCUGCAGCUACACAGCUCUGUACGCAGCAAGCUGUGAUGCACAGUGUUCUGACACCUGUCAAUCAUAGCCAUCGUUAAUUUUUUUUCAGCAAUUUGAGCCACAGUAUCUCUUCUGUGGGAUCGGACCAGACGGGCUAGCCUUCGCUCCCCACGCGCAUCAAUGAGCCUUGGGCACCCAUGUUGCUGGUUCACCGGUUGUCCUUCCUUGGACCACUUUUGGUAGGUGCUGACCACUACAUACCGGGAACAGCCCACAAGACCUGCCGUUUUUGAGAUGCUCUGACCCAGUCGUCUAGCCAUCACAAUAUGACCCUUGUCCAAGUCACUCGGAUCCUUACGCUUGCUCAUUUUUCCUGCUUCCAACACAUCAACUUCAAGAACUGACUGUUCACUUGCCUAAUAUAUCCCACCCCUUGACAGGUGCCACUGUAAUGAGAUGAUUCUUUUUUUUCCCCCCACUUACCUGUCAAUGGUUUUAAUGUUUUGGCUGAUCUGUGAAUACUAACAAUUAUAUCAGGAGAGGUUCUCCCAAGGCAACAUCUCUAACGUAAAGCCCAUAAUGCCCUAGUGAAAACAUGACAUUUGCGUUAAAUUUGUUUCGUAGCUUAAACCUAAAAGUAUAGUUGGGGUUUUUUUGAUCAUUUUUAUUUUCUUUUUAUAAAGCAGAGAUUACAUGAGCACAUUUUUGGUUUUUACCAUUAUUUUACUCGCACUUGAUUCACAUUAUAUUAAGUGGUACAUUGAGUCUGCAUACCCUGGCACUGGUCCAUCCACAACUUGUUAUUGCUGUAGAAGCGCCGUUCAGGCGACGUGAAGAUGGUUCUGGGGGAACGGAGAUUUAGAUGUUGCCGAUGUAGAAAUGAUAUGAAAUGUCCCCUAAUUUUACCUUUCUUAGGUGAUGGGGCUGUAGAUGGGGCUGUAGCUGGGGCUAGAAACCCGAGGGUUUGAAACGCCUGCCAAAACUUGCAGAAGGAUUUCCAAAGUUUAACAUUUGAUUUUAUCACUUUACAUCCUUUUUUUUUUCUUCUGCUAGAAUUGCUAAGAACCUGCAGACAAUGACCUUUCACUUGUCGGCGUGCAUUGGUUAAGCUGAUGUCAGUUCAUUUCUAAUGGGUUUGUUGUGGAUAGACUGUUCAUUGACAGAAAGAUGACCAACCUCCUCUACUCUGUACUGUAUACAGUCACCUGUACACCAGCCCUUUAUAUGGUUCAAUUGUGUUUUGUUUUUUUUAUGGGUAGUUUAAGUUCUUUUAAUUGCAUCUACCUCAGUAUCUACUCAAUGCAAAUGUAUCCCUCGUUCAUUUAUUAAUAUGCAUUCUGUUAUAGUGCAAGUAAAGACAGGGUAGCUAUCUUUUUUUUUUCCACACGCACCAUUGUAAAACAUAACCUGUCGAGGCAUUUUAAGACAGUAGAUUUUAAGUGUUCUUACAUGUGUUAACACAACGCCACUGUGAUUUACCCCAUACAGCCACAUUAACCUUGAUGCGUACCAGAUUUUCCCCGAGAGAUGUGCAGUUUUCGGCACGCCGGUGAAUUGUACACGUCGCGGUUAAUGUGUACAGGAUAUGAGUAUGUUUACCAAGACAUGUUCAUAUUUACCGCCGAGCUGACAUGUAAAACAUCCAUACUGUAACACUAACAGGGCAUUUUAAUGGUUUGUUGUUGUUGUUGUUGUUGUUGUCCCCCCCCCCUUCCCUCCACUUGUUUAUUCCCUAAAAUUGAUUGUUGGAAUGUGUAUUUUUACUGCAUUAUUUCCAUGUUUGUGCAAUACGUAACCUUUCCUCCCUAUCGAGUGAACAGAAGGGAAUUUGCUCUACUAUUAUUUUAGAAAGAAGUCAUUUCAGUCCCGUCGUGGAUUGAUGGCUUGCCAUCUCUGUGUGAUUUUACUAUCCUUGUGACCACUGGGUGAUUUUUGUCUUUAUCAGUAACUAAUUUGUUGAGUCUUAUGUCUUUGUGUUCUUAUAUUCAGCUGUGUUUUUAUUCACAGAUCAGUUUUUUUAUAUAUAUAUGUAUGUAUAUGUAUAUAUGUAUGUGUGUAUAUAUAUAUAUAUAUGUAUAUAUAUAUAUAUAUACACACACACACACACACACACACAAUAGCCACGAAUGUAUCUAGGAGUCUAAGUCCAGGAAUCCACGCUGGUCAGCCAGAGCCCUGCUUGCUAUCUGAUUGCUUUCCUCAUGGGUAGCCUUCAGGUAAUGAUGCUCAUUAUCACGUCUUUUAAUCAGUACCCGGUUAAAAGAUUGAUGAAAACCAGAGGAUGCUGAGAUGAGCCCCCGAGGGGCUGAAUCUGAUUUCACCAUCCUCGUUGCAGAUCCAUACCUAUAUGAAUACUGUGCCCUUACACAGGGUGUGGAAACCCAUGCCUCUGCAAAAAUUACAUUUUCCGUCAAUUAUCUGAUUUAUCCUGCUUUUCCUUUUUUUUUGUCUGAGGAAGAUGUGCUCAAACGUAACAUACUGUAUGAAUGGCUUAGAAAUCCCUAUUCAAUAAGUUUAGAUGCAAAUUCCUCUGAUAACAUCUUUACCUCAGACUGCUGCUUUCUGCAAACUAUAACUGAGUCUGUAAAUACUUUUAAAAGGGCCUCACCCGCUGUAGAAAUACAAUAUACGGUAUAUCCCUGUGUGUGUUGUUGCUAAUAUUCUUCCAUAUGCAAUAAGCAGCAUUCACCUCUAUGCCUUCAGAGGACAGACUGAUGAGACGCAUCGGGUAAAGCCACUUUCCUGUCUGAUAUCCUCAGGGGUUCGGCUCUGUGACAACAGUUCUCACAAGUUUCAUGUUAUUUUAACAGUGUAAAUGUUCCAUAUAAUGUUUCAAUAAUUAAAAAAGAUUAA